AUGCCAGUCCCAACGAGAGUCCUGGGUCGUAAUGGCCCCCUAGUCUGUGCCGUCGGUUUUGGUGCUAUGAGUAUUGGUGGCGCUUAUGGACAAAAGGAUACUGAAGAAGACAAGAUCGCUCUCCUCGACCAUGCACACGCCAUCGGCGAGACUUUUUGGGACACCGCGGACAUCUACUUUGAUAGCGAAGAAAUCAUUGGCAAAUGGUUCAAACGCUCUGGGAAACGGAAGGACAUCUUCCUCGCAACAAAAUUCGGAUUGGGCUUCGAUUGGGAGAUGAAGCAACAAUUUGAAAGAUCCGACCCUGAAUAUGUCAGAUCGGCCUGCGAAAAGAGCCUGAAAACUCUAGGAGUGGAAACUAUUGACCUCUACUACUGUCAUCGAGUCGACGGCAAGACCCCGAUUGAAAAGACUGUCGAGGCGAUGGUAGAAUUGAAGAAUGAGGGUAAGAUUCGAUACCUAGGUCUUUCGGAAGUCUCAUCUUCGACUCUUCGGCGAGCUUGCGCUGUGCACCAAAUUGCGGCUCUCCAAGUCGAAUAUAAUCCAUUUGUGCUUGAUAUCGAGUCCGACAGGACAAACCUUCUGAAGACCUGCCGCGAGCUCGGGGUUGCUGUCGUUGCCUAUUCUCCGGUCGGACGAGGAUUUCUAACCGGCCAAAUCAAAUCCCUCGAGGAUCUCCCAGAGAACGAUUUCCGCCGCGUCACUCCAAAAUACUCUCCAGAAAAUUUCAAAAAGAUCAUGGAUCUGGUAGCAAAGUUCGAAUCUAUUGCGAAAAGCCAUGGUGCAACUUCAGCACAGGUUAGCAUAGCAUGGUUAAUGGCACAGGGAGAAGAUAUCAUUCCCAUCCCCGGCACCAGAACCAUCAAGUACUUGGAAGAAAACACAGCUGCUGCAAAUCUUAAGCUGACUCCUGAAGAAGUCAAAGCACUCAGAGAGGCAGUUGACAAGACGGAGACUCCAGGUGAUCGGUAUCCAGCCAUGAUGAUGAGACCAAUCAUGGGCGAGACGCCUCCAUUGUAG